AUGGGGAAAAUUAAAAAAGAUUCGAAUAUAUCAAAAAGCACUCGUGGAACUUUGCUUUCCAUCAAGUCGCCUACUUUAAGAAAAAAAUCGUCGAGCAAAAUACCGGCUGCAACGAAGUUGAAAAAUAAAAGCAAGAUCGCCAAUUUAGUGAUUUCCAAUUUAUCCGAGGAAACCGACAAAAUAGUGAAUAUCAAACGAAAAAAUGACAAACAAAGCGAACCUAGAAAUGCGAGUUUCGAGAAUCAAUUCAACAUUAAACUGGCCAACGUGAAGAACGCAGUGGAAGGUGUUAUUAAACUGCACACAAACAACCCAAAAGUGAAAAAUAACCUGUUCGAAGAAGAGGCCUUUGGGAUAUCCCUAAUGGUUAACUGCCACAAAAUACCCAAUGGCAAGCAGAAAUUGUUGAGGAUUCCCCUAAAGCACUCCCUUCUAACGCCCGACAGCGAUGUGUGUCUAAUUGUCUCUGAAGUAAAAGACAUCGGCAACAAAGAGCACGAUAAACACAUUGCACACUACGAGAAACUGCUGGCCGAUAAAGGCGUCGAAAACAUUAAAAAAAUCAUUACUGUGCACGAGCUAAAAACGGAGUACGAAACGUUCGAGCAGAAGCAGCGACUGGCCGAUUUGUACGAUAGCUUCCUAGUCUGCGGGAAAGUGUCCGGAAAAGUGGUGAAAUGGUGCGGGAAGAUUUUCUACAAGAAACGGAAAGUCCCCACUCCAGUAAAAUUGAAUGCGAAGAACCUCAAAGAGCACAUCGACGUCCAACUUUCCAAGUCCUUCUUCCACAUACAUUUGAAAGGAGAUUGCUAUUUUGCGGAUAUAGGAACAAGCCACAUGGAUGCGCCCAAAAUCGUAGAAAACUUCGUUUCAGCCGUGGAAUUCCUGGAUAAAGAGUUCCCCGGUGGUUUCCAGAACAUUAAAGGGUUGCACGUAAAGAGCGUAAGAGCUGCUUCUAUACCUGUUUACGUCUCAGUCGCUAAUCCGAAAGAUAUCCCGGAAGUUCGAACGCAUCCGAAGAACUCGUUCGCUCUAAAACCGGUUAAAGGAGAAGUAACCACUGUAUUGGAUGCGGAAGUUUUGGUGAAACCUUCCGGGCGGGUCAGAGUCCUGAGAGAAAACCAGUCCGAAGGUAACAAACCCGCGAAAUUAGGAAGAAAAAAACUGAAAACCAAGGCAAAGAAAGAACAAGUUAAAAAGGAAGAAUCUUCGGUGGAAACUAAAAAAAUUAAAAAGGAACAAAACCAUGUUAAAGUUGAAGUUACGUUACCCAAGAAACGAGGGGCUUCGGGGAAAGAACAAACCGAUGAAAACGCCGCAAAGAAGAAGAAAAUUGCCGUGAAAGACGAAUUAACCGAGGUUAAAAAGGUUAAGAAGAUAAAGAAGGAACCGGAGAACAAGAAAGUUAAGUCGAAUGAAAAUAAAAUUAAAAAUAACACCAAAAAAGUGCAACACUUGGGCCAGACCAUAACUAUUAAAGAAGUCUCUACUCCGGAGAAGAUUACAACCGGGGCCGCAAAGGCGAAGAAAAUCAAAAAACCGAAAAAAACUAAAAAAUAAUUAUAA